AUGAAAGAACGAGUGUACACUUACAAGAAGACUUACUCCGAAAGAUUCACCAUCGUGGAUUCUAUGUUCCAACAGUUCUUCGAACCACAUUGGGAACAAUUCAACAAGAGGAAAAUCAAAUCAAGCUACAUUUGGCCAAAAGAAGUGCUUGAUUACUUGGUAGGUGAUGAUAACAAUUUCAAAAGGAGUUGGAAAGACAUUGACGAUGUGUUUACCCCGAUUAAUUUUUUUGGGACACAUUGGGUGUUGUUAGAGAUAUCAUUGACAAGCUAUCUUAUAAAAGCUUAUGACUCUGAUAUCACUGUGGUCUCCAACAAGGAGUUUGAGAAUAAAAUGAGCAGAUGGGGAAAAAUGCUACCAUUUCUAAUUCAAUCCAGUGGGCUGUUAAGCCAUAGGAAAGAUAUCCAACUACAAGCAGAGAAAGUGCGUUUUGAGUUCACAAGACUUGGCACAGAAAAAGUGCCACAGACCAAAACUAGGUAUAACUCUGUUAACCAUAUUUAUAUUGCAAAUAAUCACUACGGUCUUCCAAUAAUUAAAAAACUUUAUUUCCUUUGCAGUGGCGAUUGUGGGGUAUAUGUCAUCAAACAUCUGGAGUACUUGCUAGCCAAAAAACCGCUAUCCGAAGUAAAUGACGACAACAUGGAUUUCUUUAGAAAAAAGACUUGUGUAGAUUUGUUUUACCAUGACUUACAACCAUAG